ACCCUGGUGCCUCGCGCUGCUUCCGUUAGGGCGUCUCGGGGCGGCUUCUCCCCACCACCACCACUCCCGAUACUAUGGGGGCGAUGUUUCGCCCCGAGGUACGAUUCGGCAGGCGCAAGGGACAGAUGCGAGAGGCUACGCCAAAUGGUGAAGAUGAUGUGAUGGAGGGAAUAUUUCUUCCAGUGGGAGUAGAUCUUCACCAGAUAACCAUUUUGCCCAAAGCAGAAUGGCAAAGAAUUCAAGACAGUCUCACUGCUCGUGCAAGAGAAACAGCACAGAUUCUUGCUGAAAAGAAAGCACGGAAAGAUUUGCACUUAAAAUCUCAAGCACUUGUGAAAAAUUGGACCCACACUAUUGCAGGUAUGUCACAACAAAAACUGAAAGGCAAAAAAGUACGGCAACAGAGAGAGGAGGAAGAAAAAAGAAAGGUUGACCUUGAAGAAGCAAAAUACCAAGCACAGAAGCGAAAAGAGAAAAUAGAAGAAGCCAAAUUGCAACAGUAUUAUGAAAAUGAUAGAGUGAAAAGUUUUCAUAGAGCCUUAUUAUAUUCUGAAGUUUUAAAGGAAAGAGACGCUCAGAUUGAAUUUAAAAAGCAACACAAAAAUUUGUACAAAAGCAGGAAUGAGGCAAUAGAACGUGACCGUCUAAAAGCUAUACAGUUGCAAGAAGAAAAAGAUAAAAUACAGCACAUGAAGAGACUGCAGACUGCUAAUGAUCAGCUGGCACAGAUAAAGGAGCAUGAACGGUUAGCAAACAUAAGAAAGUUAGAAGAGAAAAAAGAAAGGGAAGAACUUCUGGAGUUGACCAAGUUAUAUCAUUUGGAAAUGCAGGAAAAAGAGCAAGCACAACGUGAACAGAAGGUUAAACGAAGACAAGCCCAUCUGGCAUAUGUUGCUGACCAGGUAACUCUCAAAGCUAUAGAAAAACAAAAACAAGAAGAAGAGGAUGAGAGAAUUCGAAUACAUUUUAAAGCAAAGCAAGCAAUGGAUAAGUUGAAGAAAACAAAAGAAGAAGAGUUACGCAGAUUAAUGGAAGAGCAAAGGGAAAGGAUUACUAGCCGCCUUUUAGCACGAAUGAAAAAGAAGAUGGGUGAUGAAGAUGAGCGUAUUGCAAGAGAAAUUGCAGAGAAAGAAGAAGAGCAAGCUAAAGAGGAGCAAGCUAAAGAAGAAAAACUCCAGGCCGAUUUGAAAUCCAUUGCAGAACACAGAGCAAACGUGAUAAAAAUGAAAGAAGAAAAAGAAAAAGAGGAGAGAUUGGAAGGUCAAAAAUUACUUAUUGGACUGAUGGAAGCAGACCGGAUCUAUCAAGAACUGGAGAAGGAUAAGAUACAUAGAAAUUAUUGUGCAAACUUAAAAUUGCAAGAAGCUCAUGUCGCACAGAUAGCUGAAAAAAUAGCAAGAGGAGAAAAUGAGAAGCAGGAGGAGGCUGAAUACGUUAGACAGAAAGAAGUGAUUGCAUUAUGCAGGGAGCAGGAAUUCCAGAAAUAUGCAAAGAAAAUAAUUGAUGAACAAUCUAAGACUACUCAGAAUCUCUACCCACUUCUCAAAGGACUGCAUGAAGGCAUUCCUACUUUCAGUGGCCCAGCUUAUAAUGAAGAUCAACAUCGUUGUGAGAAGCAGCCUAUUCAGCCACCCUACAUAGGCGAAACAGCUCAAGAAAUGAAGCUAUUAAACGAACAAAAAUAUGAUCAUACUAAAGCACGAUUAGGAUUUACAUGGUAAAAACAUUCGGAUGGAUAAAAUAGAAAUGUAACGUCAUAAUCCAAAUAGUGAAAAGUAGAAUAAAAAGCAAGUUUAUAAUAAAAAUUGUAGCUUGAUAUAGCUGUCUUUGCAGAAAGCUCAGAAAACUUGAUAUGAAACCAUGUAUGUUUUCAAGCAGAAUGAAAAUUAUGCAAGGUUUAAAAAGGAAUAUAAUUGUAGUGAAAUUCUAAUUCAUAAUUCUAACUUAACAUUUUAUUCAUAAUUUAUGGAAGAAAUUACUUGAUUAUUUUAAAACUUUUGGUUGGAAAUAAAA